AUGCAUUUCCCAGCUGCACUGGUGCCGAAACGGCGGAGUACACCAGCAGAAAUGAAACUCGUCUGCAUUUAUCUCAACACCCCUUGCCUGUUCCAGGACUGGAAGAAUAGCUCCCUACUGAACAAUGACAUCUUAGGGGCCACCCUUGAAAACUACAGCGUCACCAACCUCACUGAGCCUGUGGAGAUCCGGUUCUGGCAUAACCAAAAGCUGGAUAACUCAAAUGCGAUCUGCGUCUUUUGGGAGGAAGGACCAGAAAACGGCAGCCAGGGGAACUGGAGCAGCGCUGGCUGUGAGACCAUCCACCAAAAAGACGUAGUGCUGUGCCAGUGUAACCACCUCACCUACUUUGCCGUGCUGCUGAAAAUCUCCUCAGCGCCCAUAGACGAGGCCAUCCUGGCUCCUCUCACCUACAUCUCCAUGGUGGGCUGCAGUGUCUCAGCCGCUGCCUCGCUCCUCACCAUCCUCCACUACCUCGCCUCCAGGAAAAAGAGCAGAGAUUAUACAACCAAAAUCCACAUGAACCUGCUGGGUGCCCUCUUCUUGCUGAAUGUCUUCUUCCUGCUCAGUGGGCCCCUGGCAUCGGUUCACUCCACAUGGCUCUGCAGAGGCACUGCCGCCUUCCUCCAAUACUCCCUGCUCUGCUGCUUGACCUGGAUGGCCAUCGAGGGCUUCCACCUCUACCUGCUCUUGAUCAAAGUCUACAACGUGUACAUCAGGAGAUACGUCCUCAAGCUGUGCGCCGUUGGCUGGGGACUGCCAGCCUUAGCUGUGGUUAGCAUUCUCAUCUUCAAGGAAGAGACAUACGGGCUGCACAUAAUUGAAACCGACACGGGCUACAACAAUGCAACUAUGUGUUGGAUCACAGACAAGGCCCAGGAUGUUCAUUACAUCCUCAACGUGGGCUACGCUGGUAUCACCAUACUCUUCAACGUGGUCAUCUUAGUCACCGUCAUGAGGAUGCUGAGGAAACUGAGAUCCAACAUGAACAGUCAGAAAGAACGAGUGAAGAAGGAUCUGGUGACAGUGCUGGGACUGACGUGCCUGCUAGGAACGACCUGGGCACUGGCCUUCCUCGGUUUCGGUGUCUUCUUGAUUCCUCAGCUCAUCCUCUUCACUAUCAUCAACUCCCUCCUGGGGUUCUUCAUCUGCCUCUGGUACUGCACCGUCCGCCGCCAGCCGGACACCAGCCCCUCCACCGGGAGUUCUCAGAUGACAAAAUAA